CUAUAUGUUACCGGUCCCAAAAUGCAAAGCAUCAUAUCACAACAAUUCAUCUUCAUCAUUAUCAUCUUCAACCUCCAAGUUGAUUCAGCAAUGGACAUGACGGACGAAUUAUCCGCAUUCGAUUUCAUCAGUCAACACCUAUUCGAUGAAAUCGAAACCACGUCUCCUCCACCUCUAUUUCUAGAUCAAACAGAUUGCAGUUUCAUAUCCAGUUUCGACUUUAUAAACUGGCCGGAAACAGCUCAGAGUGAUCGUUCCAGCUCCUUCUUUGAUUCCGUUUCCAACGAUAACACUUCCUCCUGUUUCUCUCGAUUCGAAUCCACCCCUGACGUAACAGUAACAGUAACAGUACCAGAAUCACUCUCACCAAUGAAGAAUAACUCUCACAGGUCUUCCGGUUCAGUACUGGAAUCGGAUCGACGUUACAGAGGUAUACGGCGGCGGCCAUGGGGAAAAUACGCAGCAGAGAUUCGAGAUCCAAAACAGAAAGGAUCGAGAGUGUGGUUAGGAACGUUCGACACUGCAAUUGAAGCUGCAAAGGCGUACGAUAGAGCCGCCUUUAAUAUGCGUGGUAGAAAAGCGAUUCUCAACUUUCCGUUGGAAAUUUGUAACAACUUAACGGAAAAUGGAGACGCCAGAGGCUCCCGGAAGCGAUCGGCGGAGAUGGAGUUAGGGCAGAGUGUGGUGGUUAAGAAGGAAAGAAUGAACAAUGCGUGAUUAAUUUAUUAAAUAAUAUUCCUCAUAGAUAUUAUUUAAUUUAAUGUGGUGAACUCAAGAUAGAUAGACAGAUCGAUCCUCUGCAAUUUUCUGUUAUUUUAAUAUUUCGGACACCAAAACUAGUUUGUCUUUGUUUUAGGAUAUUUCGUAAUAAUUUAUUAAAUAAUAUUCCUCAUAGAUAUUAUUUAAUAUUCAAUUAUUUGAGCUAGCACCUUUAGGAUGAUUGUUAACUUAAAUUAUAGUAUUACCUGGUUUCGAACUC